GAAAUGGAGCAUAUGGCAGAAGAGUACAAUGGUGGAGAAACUUAGAACAUCGUGCGGACAGAAUAUUUUUCAGGUCGGCGUUGCUUGUUUCCACGGCCUAGGAGUCAAGACAAACAAGCAGACCAGUUCAGACUGCCCUAGUGAUCGUCAAAGCUGUUUCUCUGUCCUCCAGCUAACUGCUUUUCCAAGAAAGGAAGUGCAAAAGAAUAUCAGAAAGGACAAGGGAAGGUUGCCUCACCAUAGACUAAUCUUUCUUUCUUUUCUCAUAUGCAAUGCAUGAGCAUCCUGUGGUAUCUGCAAGUGAAUCAAAAUGGGAAAUGCAAUUAGAUGCAUAUCAGGUGAUAAUGAAGGGAGGAAAAAAUUCUCUUUGCCCUCUUUCAAGGGAAAACCUGCUGCCUUCUUGUCUUCUCUAUCUUUUCAGAAGAAGAAUAUGAAGGACAGAGAAGAAAAGAGUUGUGAGACAAACGAAGAUGAUUCAAUAAGAGAUAUCAGUUUCAUGUCAUCAGACCGUGCACUUGCUGCAGCUUUUGUCCAUAACCAUCAGACAAAUGGCGGUUACAAUUCAUUGCAGAGAACAAUCUCUGAGACUGUGAUGGGGCCACCGAGAAAGCAUGGUCCUCAUGUACAGAGGAGCUCAAGUUCGAGUCAAGUUUUGCUCAUUGAUCGUUCCAUCCGACCUCAGCAGCUUGUCAAUCAGGGUAUAAAGGUCGAUGAGCUUGAGGCUAGCCAUUUUGUUCUUGUCCAUGGAGGUGGGUUUGGAGCCUGGUGUUGGUACAAAACUGUAGCACUCCUGGAAGAAGCCGGAUUCACCGUUGACGCAGUGAACUUAACGGGUUCUGGACCCAGCUUAUCUGAUUCAAACAACAUCUACAGUCUAGCUCAAUAUGUGAAGCCACUUACUGAUGUUAUCGACAAACUUGGCCAAGAAAAUAAGGUUAUUUUGGUUGGCCAUGAUCUUGGUGGUGCUUGUAUCUCAUAUGCUAUGGAACAAUAUCCAUUAAAGAUUUCGAAAGCUGUUUUUGUAGCUGCAACAAUGCCAUUCAAUGGUCAGAGUGCCCUUGAUUUGCUGUCCCAGACACAACAGACAGAUUCUGAGAAUCUCAUGCAGAAAGCUUACAUAUUUCUCUAUGCCGACGGUAAGGAAAACCCUGCAACUUCCAUUGAUCUUGACAAAGAUAUCUCCAGAGAGCUGUUUUUCAACCGGAGUUCCACGAGAGAUAAAGCACUGGCAGCAGUAUCAAUGAGAUCAAUCCCAUUCGGACCAGCUGUGGAGAAACUGACCCUCUCUGAAGAAAACUACGGGUCCAUCACAAGGCUGUACAUCAAAACGUUGGAAGACCAUGCAAUUCCUGCUUCUCAACAGGAAGCCAUGGUCCAAUCAAACCCUCCACAACAGGUUUUCCAGAUCAAGGGUUCUGAUCAUGCCCCAUUCUUCUCCAAGCCACAGGCUCUGCACAGGAUACUGGUUCAGAUUUCACAGAUUCGUUGAUCUGGUGGAAUGGGCGCUUUCUUUUUUGGUGAGGUGCAUAGGGAAAUGGUGUACUAGUGAAUGAAUGCUGUCGUCAACUUUGACAUGUCUGGUUAUUUUUGGUUGCACCUUUGACUAGGCCGGCAGCAAGAAAGGGAAGAUCAUGUU